AGUAUGAUAAAUUUAUUACCAACCCUUUUCAUGGAAACUCGUUGAAAUUUAUUUCUAUUUUCUCUCCCAACCAAGCCAAAAAGUCCAUUGUCGAAGCAAGAAAGUUGAGAUUUCCCUUCAUUUCACUUACCCAUUUUACUCGUAAUUAAAUAACAAUUACCCUUUCUAAAUCUUCUUAUCUAAGUGGGAUCGUUUUACUGCGACAUUAACAUUGUCCUCCCCUCCUCUAUAUUCACACAUUCACAACUCAAUUUCAUUGGCAAACAGAAUAACGUUCUUUUUGGUAUUGGGAGGUUUCAAUUAGAUAAUAGCAAUAAGAGUUCUAUAUGUUACUAUUUUUACCUAUAGCAAACAGAGGUUUUCCAGCAGCAACAGCAGAAGAAGAAUAAACUCAGAAACAAGUUCAGUUCAUCACGGUGAAAGGUAAAAAACCAUCAGUAUACGUAGAUGUAUGUUUUUCAUUGCUUCAGUCUCGUCUCGUCUCGCAAUCACUAGAGCUUGUCAAAGGAAAAUCUGAUCGAUAGUUUUUGUUAAAAAAGAGUUUUGGGUUUUUGUGGGAUGUUUCUUGGUAGGAUUGGGUUCUUAAUCUUUUUUGAAAUUGUGUAUGAAAGAUUGGAACUUUCAAGCUCAAUAUAUAGUACUAACGAGAAGAAACCUGUCUAAAACGAGUUGUUUUGGUCCAGAUUUUCUAAUGGGUAUCAUAUUAUUUUUUUUAACAGGGCUGUCUUCCAUAUAUCUAGGACUUCCACUUCUUGAACUUGGCUAGUUGAGCUUGAAAAACAUGGCGGAAGGAGGUGUUAUGAAGCCAGACAAGACAGAGUUUACAGAAUGUUGGAGGACGAGUUGGAAGACUCCAUACAUCAUGAGGCUUGCUCUCUCUGCUGGAAUCGGCGGCUUGCUCUUUGGUUAUGACACAGGGGUUAUCUCUGGUGCUCUACUCUACAUGCGAGAGGAUUUCGAAUCCAUCGACAAGAAGACAUGGCUACAAGAAACUAUUGUGAGCAUGGCCGUGGCUGGAGCCAUAGUGGGAGCAGCACUAGGAGGCUUCCUAAGCGAUAGCUUGGGGAGGAGGAAAUCGAUCCUAGGAGCCGACAUUGUCUUCUUCGCUGGAGCCAUAGUCAUGGCGGCGGCUCCAAACCCAUGGAUCAUAAUAAUUGGAAGACUCCUCGUCGGACUAGGAGUAGGGAUGGCCUCCAUGACUGCCCCUCUCUACAUCUCCGAAGCUUCCCCUGCUCGAAUUCGAGGAGCCCUCGUCAGCACAAAUGGUCUGCUCAUCACUGGAGGGCAGUUCAUGGCCUACUUGAUCAAUCUAGCCUUCACCAAGGCUCCUGGGACUUGGAGGUGGAUGCUUGGAGUUGCUGGGCUGCCUGCUUUGAUUCAGUUUGUGCUGAUGAUGUCCCUCCCUGAGUCUCCUAGAUGGCUCUACAGCAGGAACAAAGUUGACGAGGCCAAAUCGAUCCUAGAGAAGAUCUACUCACCGGAUGAAGUGGAAGCCGAGAUGGCCCUUCUCAAGGCCUCCAUCGAAUCCGAAAAAGCCGACGAGGCAGCCAUCGGCGAGACAAUGUUGUCCAAGCUCAAGAACGCCUUCAAGAACCCGGUGGUCAGACGUGGCCUCUACGCCGGUAUCACGGUCCAAGUGGCCCAACAAUUCGUCGGGAUCAACACGGUCAUGUACUACUCUCCGACCAUUGUUCAAUUUGCCGGAUUCGCCUCCAAAUCCGUCGCCCUGUCUCUGUCCCUCAUCACAGCCGGACUCAAUGCAUUCGGGUCCAUAGUGAGCAUGCUGUUUGUGGACCGUUAUGGAAGGAAGAGGCUCAUGAUCUUUUCCAUGGCAGGGAUCAUAUUUUUCCUGAUUUUCUUAUCCGUUGUUUUCAUUGAAGCUUCUUCUCAUGCUCCGAAAGUUGGUUCGAUCGAAUCGGUCCACUUCGGGGCGAAUUCGACCUGUUCGGCUUAUGUCGGGGCGACGAAGAGUGCUGCCGACGGGAAAUGGAGCUGCAUGACUUGCUUGAAGGCCAAAUGUGGCUUCUGCUCCAACAAGGCUAGUGAGUACCAGCCCGGUGCGUGCCUGGUGGUCUCAAAGCCGAAUCGAGACCUCUGCCACGGCGAGGAUCGGGUGUUCUUCGAGCAAGGUUGUCCCAGCAAGUUCGGGAUCCUCGCGGUGGUCUUCCUCGGCCUCUACAUCGUCUCGUACUCCCCCGGUAUGGGGACAGUGCCGUGGAUCGUCAACUCUGAGAUUUACCCGCUCAAGUACAGAGGAGUCGGCGGAGGGAUCGCCGCGGUGGCCAACUGGGUCUCCAACUUGAUCGUCAGCGAGUCCUACUUGACUCUCACAGAGCAUCUUGGCCCCGGCGGUACGUUCUUCUUGUUCGCUGGAGUUUCCACCCUUUCCCUCUGUUUGAUCAUCUGGUUUGUGCCGGAGACCAAAGGGCUGCCGUUUGAGGAGGUGGAGAAGAUGCUCGCGGAGGGUUACCGGCCUUGCGGCGGACGGGAGGGGAAGGGAGAGAAGGUCGGUAAGGUGAAUGGUGAUGAUAAUGCGGCGUGAAGAGAGUGAGAGAGCGUAUGAGAGUUCGAGAGAGACAGAAAACAGAGUAUUUUUAUCGAUUUCUGGGUAACUGGAAAAAACAGAGUAAUUUUCCUCUGCCUUCGCUUCUCAUAUUUUUUCAGGUGGUGAAAUGAAGGUUGGAGGGUAAAAACGGGAAAGGGUUGAUUUUACUUUUGAGUUUUUAUCUGUGUUAGGAAAAGUUAACCUUCUGCAUCAGAAACAUUGAUCUAGUCUUAUAUGUAUGUUUUUAGAUUGAAUCAGUACUUGAUUCAGACCGAAUGAAAUUGAUGUAUGAGG